GGGGACUUUCUCCCGGCGUGCUGUCAUCGCCAAGUGAAGUGCUGGUGGAUGUCUGAGCUCGCGUCAGUCUGGAGGCUCAGGCUGUAAGAGAAAGAAAGGUACGAACUCGUUUGGCGCUUGGCCGAUAAGGAUACUUUGUUGGUGAUCCGGUGACGUUCUCGAUGUAAGGUCCACUUCUUGCAGCUGUCGUUCUGUGUUGGCGGCAGGCUGUGAGCAAAGGUUCCACUCUGCAGUGCCUCGAAACUCCUCAGACGCUUGUCCUUCACAUCCAAUUGAUGUUUGUCAAUUGUUGUGCCAGUGGCCUUUUGAGAGGUAUGACAACGGCAUCUCAAAAAAGAGGCCCCUCCUCAUUGAUUCAUCAUUGAGCACACCGAGCGAUAUCAUGAAGAAGGGUCCUGGAAGUCCGCUCUUCAAGGAGUCUGCUUGCAAGAUAUGAGUAUUUUGAACCCGGUGACGGAUAAUAAAUCAAACCUUGUGGGAGUCGUGGGAAGCCCAGAAGAAUACCACAGAGGCAUGCAGUCAGAGGAGUUAUUUCGCAGAAAACCUAAAACCCUCAAUGGUAGCAUGGGACCACCAGGCUCCAACAUGCAGGGCAAGCCUGACGGUCCCGGCAAAAUAAAUGGUAAUCCAGCCAUGCCUAAAAUGGGCGUCAGGGCCAGGGUAACAGAAUGGCCCCCAAGAAAAGAUGGAUGGGAUGGACGGCCAUCACCAAAUUAUCAGAGUAUGAUACCAAUAUUUCAGAACGGCCAGCAGGACCAUACUGUGGAAUUAACUGCGCAAGAUGACCCUGGGUGUUUGGAGGUAGACUACUCAGAUGUGAAGUAUACAUUGAGUGACCUCCUUAGCCACUCGCCAUUGAAAGGCCUUCACCCUAUUCGUCAACGCAGCAACAGCGAUGUCACAAUCAGCGACAUUGAUUCUGAAGACGUCGUCGACCAGACAGCUGUCAAUCCAAACACCGGCGCCUCUUUACAUCGUGAAUAUGGAAGUACAUCCUCUAUUGACCGCCAAGGUUUAAGUGGGGACGGCUUUUUUACCAUGCUCAAAGGCUACAGAGUGGAUACCAUGGACCACCGCAGUGUACCACCCCUGGGUUUUCCAGAGUUGUUGCGCUGUGAUGCCUCCUUCUCCCCCAGUUUACAGACAGCAGCCCAGAUUGCCAGGGGGGAGUUUGUCACAAUUCCAGGCUACGACUACAGAGACAGCGCUCUUCUCUAUAGCAGAGAAAGGGAGAAGUCCUUCAUGAGGCGUCUUAAGUCAGAGUCAUCCGAAACAUCUUUGUUUAGGAAAUUGCGGACAAUUAAGAGUGAAAGUGAUGCUUUGAGACUCUCUCUGGAGGAUGAUCGAAGACCACUCAGCUUUCAAAAAUGCUUUGCUCAUUAUGACGUUCAGAGCGUUCUUUUUAACAUUAGUGAAGCUGUUGCAAGCCGAGCUAACCUGAGCCAGAGGAAAAACACCACUACUGGAGCUUCAGCCGCUUCCGCUGGAGGCUUGUCCAGUGCUGGGGCCAGUGCUCUACCGGGACCAGGACCAGAUGCUGGAGUUAUGGGAUGUAGCAGUGGAAAUUCUGCCUUUUUUGAGUCACCACUAGGCAGCAGGGAAGACUUGAACCCAAAGGAGAACUUGGAUGCUGAUGAGGGGGACGGAAAGAGCAAUAGCCUUGUGUUGGGCUGCCCGCACUUUCGCAACGAGAUCGGAGGUGAAAGCGAGAGAAAGAUUUCACUUUCCAGAGCCAAUAGUGCCAACUACAGCGGACUAUCAGAGAGCUGCUCCUUUGAAUCCUCGCUGAGUUCCCACUGCACCAAUGCCGGCGUCUCUGUACUCGAAGUGCCUCGAGAAAGCCAGCCCAUCCAUAGAGAGAAGGUCAAGCGCUACAUAAUUGAGCACAUUGACCUUGGUGCUUACUACUACCACAAGUUCUUUUACGGAAAAGAGCAUCAAAACUAUUUUGGUGUCGAUGACCAUCUGGGACCUGUAGCAGUCAGCAUCCGCAGGGAGCGGCUGGAUGACGGAAAGGAGAAAGAUGGAAUGCAGUACAACUAUCGCGUCACCUUCCGAACCAGUCAGUUGACCACCCUUCGAGGAGCCAUUCUGGAAGAUGCAAUCCCAUCCACAGCGCGACAUGGGACGGCUCGUGGGUUGCCGCUUAAGGAAGUACUUGAAUACGUAAUCCCAGAGCUCAAUAUCCAAUGCUUGAGGUUGGCAAUCAACUCCCCUAAAGUACCGGAACAGCUGCUCAAGUUGGAUGAACAAGGGUUAAGUUUCCAGCACAAGGUGGGCGUACUGUAUUGUAAGGCGGGCCAAAGCUCAGAAGAAGAGAUGUACAACAACGAGAGCGCCGGACCAGCACUGGAGGAGUUCUUGGAUCUCUUGGGCCAGAGAGUUCGCCUCAAAGGCUUCGCCAAGUACAGAGCGCAGCUCGAUAACAAAACGGAUUCCACAGGCACACAUUCUCUCUAUACCACCUACAAGGACUACGAGCUAAUGUUUCAUGUCUCCACCAUGCUCCCCUACACACCCAACAACAGACAACAGUUAUUGCGGAAAAGGCACAUUGGCAAUGAUAUCAUCACCAUCGUGUUCCAGGAGCCCGGGGCCCUUCCUUUUACUCCAAAGAGCAUCCGUUCUCAUUUCCAGCAUGUGUUUGUCAUCGUCAAAGUCCACAAUCCAUGCACUGAUAAUGUCUGCUACAGUGUUGCCGUGUCCAGGUCAAAAGAUGUGCCGCCAUUUGGCCCCCCGAUUCCGAAGUCUGUGACCUUCCCAAAGUCUGCAGUUUUUAGGGACUUCCUGCUUGCCAAAGUCAUAAAUGGAGAAAAUGCAGCGCAUAAGUCAGAGAAAUUCCGAGCCAUGGCGACCCGUACGCGGCAGGAGUACCUGAAGGACCUGGCGGAAAACUUUGUUAGCACUGCUACGAUUGACUCUGCUGUCAAAUUCAGCUUCAUUAACCUCGGAGCCAAGAAGAAGGAGAAAGUGAAACCCAGGAAGGAUGCACAUGUGCUCAGUGUUGGAGCCAUCACGUGGAGCGUUCGGGCCCGCGACUUUGGCCAGUCGUUGGAUGUGGACUGCUUGCUCGGCAUAUCCAAUGAGUUCAUUGUGCUCAUUGAGGAGGAAUCAAAAAAUGUCGUUUUCAACUGCUCUUGUCGCGAUGUCAUUGGAUGGACCUCAGGGAUUAUGAGUAUAAAGAUCUUCUAUGAGCGCGGGGAGUGUGUCAUGUUGUCUGCCCAUGACAACUGCGGAGAAGACAUCCGGGAGAUGGUGCAAAGAUUAGAGAUCACGACCAGAGGCUGUGAGACGAUAGAGAUGACUUUGCGGCGCAACGGCCUGGGCCAGCUCGGUUUCCACGUCAACUUUGAGGGAAUCGUGGCUGAUGUCGAGCCCUUUGGCUUCGCUUGGAAGGCAGGCUUGAGACAGGGCAGCCGACUGGUGGAGAUCUGCAAGGUAGCUGUCGCCACUCUCACCCACGAGCAGAUGAUCGAUCUGCUACGUACCUCCGUGGCUGUCAAAGUGGUUAUCAUCCAACCAUAUGAAGAUGGGACCCCUCGAAGGGGCUGCUCUGAGCUGUAUCGUAUUCCCAUGGUGGAGUACAAAGUCGACAGUGAGGGCACACCCUGCGAGUACAAGACACCCUUCAGAAGGAACACCACCUGGCAUCGGGUGCCCGCGGCGGCUGGAGCUCCUCUGUCCAGAGGGUCACCCACUCAGGGUCCUGACCGCCUCCAGUGUCAACAGAUCCUACAGCAGCAUAAGGCCGCUAUCCCACGAAGCACAUCCUUUGAUAGGAAGUUACCAGAUGGAUCCAGAAUGAUGCAGGAUUUGGAGAAUCCUCAGGUUACUUCCUGUAACAAGGGAGACCAGCAUUACCGCAGCUCCCCCAGUAACCAGUCCUCUUCCAGCGAUCCAGGACCCUGUGGCAGCAGCUCCUGGUCCCAACAGCCUGGAUAUGAUGGAUGUCCCUCUCCUAUCCUACAUGAGCAUGCAGGAGACGUCCAAGGGGGCGAUGGAGACAUCCACAGGGAGCGAGAGCCCACUCUGGAGAGGACCAGGUCAGCAGAGGCCAAGUGGCACAUACCCGCCACAAAGAUCCUGAACCCUUUGAAGCAGCGCGAAGGAAGCAAAGACUCCCCCAACAAGCUCUCCAGGAUGGGCGAUAAGAACUCGAGCCACUCGAGUAGCAAUACUCUGUCAAGCAACGCGUCCAGCAACAGCGAUGAUAAGCACUUUGGCUCAGGAGACUUGAUGGACCCGGAUAUGCUGGGUCUCACUUACAUCAAAGGGGCCUCCACGGAUAGCGGCAUCGAUACCAAUCCCUGCAUGGUCCCUGGGGCUCGGGUGUUGAUGCAGAGCAGGGUGGGGGAGCUGGGACACCCAUGGGUGUCAGAGCACCAUGAGGACGGGGUAUCUGAAGAGGACCAUGGCAAACCAUACCUGCCACAGGGUUACGCUUCUGCCUUAAUGGCUAGUAAUGUGACAGAGGGAAGCAUCGGAGACCUGAGCGAGAUCUCUUCACAAUCGAGUGGCUCACAUCACUCUGGCAGUCCAUUGGCGCGCGGUGCCAGAUAUUGUAUGUCCGCCGACUCCACCAAGGUGUACACCAUCCCUCAGACCAGCAGCUCAGGUGCAGAGCCCGAGCCGCAGCCUGGGCCAGGCCCUGAUUAUGGCCUGGAUCCCAGCUCAGAAGCUUGUGAACAGACAUGUUCACAGCCAGAUGGCAAUCUCCCAAUGAAGGCAACUGAUAAUGAUGGUGAUGACGAUGCUCACAGCAAAGAGGAACCUCCCAACAUUUCAGAGUGUGGAGGAGCUGAGAGCUUGUUAGCCCUCCUUCUCGAAAUGCUGUCUGAGCGUGCAAGGCAACUGUAUGCACAAGAGGCCGCCUGCCGCCUCCAGGCCGCCGAGCGGGAUGAAAAAUCAUUACAGAGACUUUCAAAGCAGGAAUACGUGAAAAUGAUGCUACCCGACAGUCCACCAGGAGGAGGCAGGGGUCAAAAGCUAUCUGUGACAGGAAGUCUGUCGCCGCGUCAUUCCCUGUACCGGACGUUAUCGGAUGAGAGUGUAUGUAGCAACCGCAAGGGCUCAUCGUACGCUAGCUCCCACAGCUCAAUGCUGGACCAAGCCAUGCCGAACGACAUCCUCUUCAGCACCACACCACCUUACCACUGCACCCUGCCUCCUCGCAUGAUCCACAACCAGCCGCAGUCCAACCUGAGGAAUGAGUUUUGGUUUUCUGACGGCUUCUUGGCAGACAGGUCCAAGUUCAGCGACCCGGGCCUCAUGCCCCUCCCAGACACUGCCACAGGCCUGGACUGGUCUCACCUGGUUGACGCAGCAAAAGCCUUUGAAGACCAGCGUGUGGCAUCUUUCUGCACGAUGACAGAUAUGCAGCGGGCCGAAGCACUGGAGCUAUCUCGAGAGCUGACCAGACGGGUUGUGGAGGCGGAAGGAGCGGCUCUGGACGCAGACGUCCCAUCGACACUCACGGGCAAAGUGAACCAGCUCGAGGUGAUCCUCAGGCAGCUGCAGCAUGACCUCCGAAAGGAAAAGGAGGACAAGGCGAUGCUACAGGAGGAGGUACAGCACCUGAGGCAGGACAACAUGCGGCUGCAGGAGGAGAGCCAGACGGCGUCGGCUCAGCUCAGGAAGUUUACCGAGUGGUUCUUUCACAGCAUCGAUAAGAAGCCCUGAAAAUGGAGACGAACGAGGUGGACGCCGCACACUCAACUCGGACUGAAGGCUCACUGCACAACAAGUGCAUUGUGUUGUGGAGUCUCUAGAAAGAGUGCAAGUGUGGAGAGACUCGCGUUAUGUGAACAGGCCUCCUCGUAAACAGUGCAUAGCCGUCUGUAUGUGACAUAAACAGUUUCUCCAUCGCGCCAGCUGAGACUCCUAUUGGGAAAUUCCCUCAUCUCCGGCUGCGGAGAGGAAUUCUUCCAUGAGAUCCUCUUACGGUCAUGGAAUGUAAAGCUCAUUUACUGUCGUCAACUUGUAACCGACCUACGCACUGUAUGUCACGUCAGUCUACUGUACCUGCAGCUGUACUCAGCUCCACACUCCGUCACAGCUGGUCCGGGCAGAGGAUUUUGUGAAGUGGUACACACUCAAGAGGAAUCAACUCCUGGGUGAAAAGUACACCCGGAGGAAUAAUGAAUGUACCUCAUCUUGAGACUUUUUGGUUUCCCUAAGUGACUAAAAGAAAGGGGGGUUAUCUGCGCCUCUUUCGUCCUUGUUAUUUCAACUCAACUCCACUUUUUGUUGCGUCAGUGUUGUGAUGACGUGUCACAUUUCGGCAGCGGUUUUGAUGUUCAAAGGUGCUUUUCCUUACACACGAUUGUCGGUAGUCUUCAGUCACUGUCACGCUGUCCUAGCAAUAACAAGUUGUAGUUAUGAAACUGUGUUAGGAAUAAAACUAUGGAGAGGUUAGCACAAACAUUAAACGGUUGUACUCUAAAGCAGGAGAUUGUGCCUAAAACUCUUGGGUGUAAAUCAAAUUGUUCCUCUCGGCUUUUCUAAACAUGUCUCGUCUGUGGCUCACUGAUAGAAACGUGUGUGUUUGUGAGUGCGCCCCUGUAUGUGUGUGUGUGUGUGUGUGUGAGCGUAGCUGUGUGUGAGACUCGGUGUAGUUUAUCACAGCAAAAUAUGUCCGUAUGCAGUGGGAUUCAAGAGCAUUAUAGCAAGCGCCAGUAAACCACAAAUACAAUGCCAAAUGUUUUGAUUUCUGUACAUAUCGGCCACAGAAGUGUCUUGUAUUUAACACUGUUAUUUAAGUUUAUUUAACCUAAAGUUGUUUAUUUUAUUAAGGGUAAUGGAUUUUCUCUUGCUGCACUAAGGAGAGAUAAAGCUCUGUGUAUGUUGUAAAGUGUGUAGCUGGGCAGGGCUAAAAAAAAAAUACUAAAACAAAAAAAAACGACUACAGUAUAUAUUUAAAUAUAUAAAUGAUGACUUUGGAGAUUCCAACAUUUGGAUGCUGCUAGAUUACAGUUUGCUGGUUUGUUUGCUUUUAAACAUGUUGCUCCGUCUCAGGGGGAGACACUGGAUGUUGUUUUUGUGUUCCUUUUUUUUGUUUUGUUUUUUUUUAAAUAAAUGUAGAUGGGAAUAUUUGGGUUUACGGUUUCUUUUAUUCAUUUAAUUCAUUCUAGUUUGGAGAAUUAAGGAACCAAUUACACUUCGGCGAGGAUCGGGUUUGAACAGUCCAGCCACCAGAUUCCUAAUGACCAAUUGUCUGUUUUUCAUCUGGCAUGGACCAAAAUACAAUGUGGCUGCUGUCUACGGAACAAAAAGGACCCUAGUGUCCCAAAUCAAAAUUAAUUCAUGGCUUUCAAUUUAGUCAUUUGACUGAUGACCAGUCCAGGAUGUCCCCUGCCUCUUGUCUAAAGUCAGCUGGAUUGCAUCCAGCUCUUGAUGCCCUUAUGGAAAAACAAGGAAAAAACGCUUUCAGUGCUGUUCUUCUUGGAAAGAAAAUAUGCUGUUCUGAU